AUGGCUCUGCCCGCUACUACUAAUCUCGAGGAUGAAAUGACCCAACUUUUAGAAAAGGACGACCCAAGUCCAAAAUGUUGGGAGCGUCAUCGAUGCACCUUGCUCACGGGCGCCUUCUUCAUCCUCCUUGGAGCAGUCUGGCUGGUCCACCUCGCCAUGAUGCCCAGGACGUUAGUCCUUCUGUCUGAGAAGCCUCUUUCGGAUGAGAGGAGCUAUCAGUUCUCCACGCUUCCGAAUGGACUCCAUAUGCUGAACAUCCAGGAUGCUCAGAGCCACAAGAUGGCGAUGGCAAUGGGCGUCCGCGCCGGCAGCUACGAUGACCCACGGGAGCUGCCAGGUUUAGCACACUUUUGCGAACACAUGCUCUUCCUGGGCACGCAGAAGUACCCUGAGCCCAGCGGCUUCGACAACUUCCUCACCAAGUACGGGGGCUCGUCGAAUGCCUUCACCUCUUCAGAGGCCACGGUCUACUUCGCGGCGGCCUCCGCGGAAGCGGCCCCGGAGGUGAGCGGGGAGGUGAUCGGUGCGGAGUCGGGAGGUGCCAAAAAGGUGGAUCUCUAA